UAAUAAUAAUUAAAAAUAAAGAAAGGUUACUCUCUAAAAUAAUAGAGAAAUUAAAAGAGAAAAUAAAAGUUGGACGGCCCAACUUUUCCGACCUAUUUUUUUUUCCUGCAACCGUUCAAUCCAGCCGUCACCGCCUGCCUGUCUUCCCUCUUAGAAGAAGACAGGUCAGUAGAUGCCGAAGAAGACAGAGCCACCGUCGGAGAAGACAGAGCCGUCGUCGUAGGAGACAGAUUGACGGAUAUCCACCGAAAAAAGAAGAGAAAAUCUGUCGCCCACCCGCGAUCGCGCUGCCACGCUCCGCCGCAUUCGCGGCCGCUCCGACCUCUCCUUUAAAGCGCUCCGCAACAAACUUUCUGAAGCGGCACGGAGCCGCUCCGACGCGCCGCGGUAGCGGCCGCGACAAGCGCUAUUGACUACUAAUGAAAGAGUUCAGAUCUUAUAAUCCUCAAUUGGGUCGUAUGAAGGACAGACAACUGAAGAAAAGGUUGAAAUACAUGGUUGAACCAGAUCAAAAUUGCGAGACUAGGGUUGAAGAUGUUGCUUGCCUUUGCUCUCUUUCAGAGUCUGAGAUUGACAUGCUGAUUAGUUUGAAAUUGUUGAUCAUUCGGCUUGCAAAAAUGAUAGGUUGUAAGAAGCUAGCAAAUAAAUUCAACCUUAGAAUGAUUCGAGCCAUUGCACUUGUUUUGAUAGAACAUCUCAAAGCAGAGGUAAAAGAUUCAUCACUUAUCCCCAAUUUGGCAACCUUUCGCUCUACAAAGACCUCACAAACACUCAAGAAACUAUAA